UCUCGACUCCAGAAGUGCGUCAGACGGAGACAAGAGAGUGAAUCGGAUUCGUUCGUAGACAGGGUGUUUCAAGUUUGUAUUCGCUGAUAUUUGCUGAUAUUUGCUGAUACUUGCUGAUGUUUGGAUGCGCGUCGUCAUUGCCGAGUUUCUUCGACUCGACGCGUCGUGGUCCGGCAGCCCCGCUGCACCUUCUGAAGCCACAUCCAUCCACGCGGCGACUUCAUCCAACUCAUCAAGCAACGUAGACCGAGGUGUUACUUGAUUCUGGACCCCUCGCUUCCCCUCAUCGCUAAAAACAAGUGGAACCGUCGCCGCAAUGGCCACCCUGCUCUCCUUGCCGAAUGAACUCCUUCACGAAGUCUUGGAAUAUCUACAGCCCGUCACCCAACUCCCUCACCCUCUGACUACCUUCGAUCCGAACGAAUGGGACAUACGGCAUUGGGGGCGCGCGUUGGCUGCUGUGGCACGGACGUGUCGACUACUUCACGAUCUUGCUGUGCCGCUGCUAUACAGCCUCUACGAAGCUCGGUUCCAGAUCCCAAUCCAUGCCUUCGUUGACCGUAUAAGCUCAGACACCUCUCUGCACAAGGGCCUGAAGAGCAUCAUAACCCGCAAUGAAGGGCCAUAUUGUGCGAAAUACAAACCUACGCGUGAACGACGGGCCCUUUAUCAUACUUGGGCUAAGGCUCGUCACUCUCAAUUGAAACAAUACGGGAUCAGGACACGCCAUCAACUGACCACUGACGAGUGCGCCCAGCUGGAAGUCUGGAAAUUAGUUUCCCAGGCACCGAAUCUGGAGGUUUUGAGCGUCAAGAACUCUUGGUCCGGUAACUUCGUUUUCGACCUGCCACCGGUUUGGCUCCUUCCAGUUGCAAUGGCUGCGUCGCGUGUCUUCCUCGGACUGGAAAACAAGGGUUGGUUCGAACAGUUACAUACCCUGAUUGUGAACAUGAACGAGAAAUGCGGCGUGUACCUGGCUCUAUUCUUUCACCUACCACGUCUCCAAUGUCUCAGCAUUAGCAGCGUACAGUGGAUACCUAUGGAAGAUCGCACCCCCUGGCCCGAAUCAAUUCCUACGUCGAAAGUACAUACUCUGGAGUUGGAGGCCAUGGAGGUGCAUUCCAACUUCAUCGUCCGGAUGAUUGAUUGCUGCCAGGCGUUGAUCUCUUUCAAAUGCGAUCGCGCCCAUGAUGAAGAAUUCGCAGAGGACGACCUCGAGGGCUCGAGAGCAUGGUGCACAGAGAUCCUCGAUAGUCUCCAGCGACACAGUAAGACGUUGAAAGAGCUUGUCCUGGAGCCAUUCGACCGGGAUUUACGCGAAAGUUCGGAUCAUGGAUUCAUUCAUCUGGACGGCCUACGGUCGCUUGAAGCCCUCGAAUCCUUGGAAGUUCCCUCCAUGCUUCUCAUGGGCAGACCUCCAGGUACGGUGACCAACGGGGUAUGGUCACCAACAGGCCAUUGGCAAUAUCCAGCGAUCCGCGACGUCAUGCCACCGAAGCUGCAGACGCUGCUGCUCCACAUGCGCCCAGAAUACACGCCAGGCAACCAAGGUUUUGAGGAUUUCUUCAUAGGUGGCCUCCCUUUGAAGGCCAAUGAAUGCAACCCUGGAACCAGUGAUGGACUCAAGACAGUAGAAAUGGAUUACAUGCGUAUGCCUCACAACGGCCCUCUCCCUAUGGACUUUUGGCAGAUACAGCACGCUUUCAAAGAAGUUGGCUCGACUUUCCAAUACGGUGUCAUUCUGGACAUAGACGACAACUUUGAUCAGUCCAUUUCGCUGGAUGCAGAGACUAACGUCCUGGCCAAAGAAUUGAGCACUUACGGUCCCAAAGGCGUACAAAUGGCGCUUCAUUUCCAUGCAGCAGACAAGACAUUGCCUAGAAGGGUCAUGGAUGUCCUAGGUCUCAAGAAGGCGUGGCUGGAAACCAAAGAAGCUAAAGAGGUCUUGUUUGAGGAGAAGUGCGACUACGAUGCAGUCGAGACGAAGUGGGAAAGGUUGGAGGAAGCCCGUCGGCUACGAGCUGAAGCGGCUGAGAGGUAUUUGAUGGAUGAUGAUUCAGAAGAUACACCGGAUGAUGAUGACGACGAUUGGCACUGAAGGCGAACUCCACCUGGUAGUCCAUACAUCGCGACCGCUUUCGGCUAAGAUCCACAGCCGUCCACACCAUGUACGAGUACAUACUGUCGAGCUGUUGUAUCCGUACAACCUUUGUC